AAAGACUGCCCUCUUUCCCCGCAUACCGACCCAUUUCGCAGUUUUGGUAGGGGUGACCAAGUAUCCUGUAUAAUUGCGACCAAAGUCUCGAGGCGAGGCGAUACAUCUUCCUCGGACCCGGUUGCGCAGCAGCCAUGAGCUUGCGUCCGCUCCUCCCCAAGCUCCAGCAGCACCAUGCCGCUUACACAAUACCCAUCUCCAGCAGCCUCGCUCCUUUCGUUACGUAUCAUCGCCCCACUCUCCUCUCUGCAACUUCCUCCGCCUCCUCCUCCUCCUCCUCUUUCCCUUCAAGCUCCUCCCGCUCACACUUCAGUACCUCCCUCCCCCGCCUUCAAGACCACUACAAGAUCCUAGGCGUCUCCCGUUCCGCCUCUUCAAAAGAGAUCAAGGCUCAAUUCUACCAACUCAGUAAACGGUAUCACCCCGAUGUGAAUAGAGAUGAUGAAGGUGCCAAGAAGAAGUUUCAGGAGGUAAGCGAAGCGUGGGGUGUGCUAGGGAAUGAGAGGGGGAGACGAGACUACGACCGUCAGCUACGCACAGGCGGCGGUGGAGGAGGUGGAGGUCCAACGCAGAACUACAGCUAUGAUCCAGGGGACAAUGCCGCUCGUCGAGCGCGAGCGACGUACGCCUGGGAGUACCAACGACGUCGCGGUGACUCUAACAGAGGUAGAGCCGGUCAGGCCCGCUCUGGUCGUGCUGCUGCCGAUGAACAAGAGGAUACUCGCUCAGCACACGCCCGCGCUCGUGGGGCUUUUGGCGCUGGGCCUGGUGGAGUUGGUGGAGGUAGAGGGAGUGGGGCGGAGAGUUCUCUCUUUGAGAAGUACGCAGCUCAGCAACGCAAGAGGGAGGAGUUUGCUUCUUCUCGCACUUCGGGAGCUGCAGGGAGUGCAGGGUAUGGCGGUGCAAGUGGGAGUGGGAGUGCGAGCGAUCCCUUCUCGACGAGGGUGGAGGAACAUGAAGCUCAGGGAGCCUCGCCGAUUAUCAGGUUCAUACAGAUCAUAGGGACCCUCACGUUCAUCUUCGCAGUGGCGACAAGUCUUGGCACUGGAGGCAGCAGUGGCGGUGGGGGUGGCAGGCUAAGAGCAGAGCGUCAGUGUGGAGGCAACGGGGAAGAGGAGGAAGAGGAGGAGUGGAGAGGCAAAACGGUCAUGGUUCUGUCGAGGUCAGCUCGUGGUCUGUCGGCCCUUCGAGGAGAGCGACUGGACAAUGGCGUACGGAUAGACUAGAUCAUCAUGCAAUGAAGCACAUCAUAGACUCGUUGCGUCUGUCUCGCCAUCUCUUUGACCUCAGACUUCAAACGUCAUCGAUGCCCUACACCGUGUCCUGGCAGGUAGGGGAGG